AUGGCGUUGCUCACAACCAGUUGUCACCAAAUCGCUAACUUCCCGUUCGUUCGCUACGGAACCGACGUGACGUUUCAACAAACAAAUACGCUGUCGGGCAGUUACGCCGAGAAGAAGACGUACUUCGAAGACUACGGCCAUAAAGUCGAAGUGUCCGUCCUGCCCAACGGCUUUGCAAUCCAUUCUACCGCACACUACAAGGGCAGCGUCUCCGACAAGGCCAUCUUCGACGACAACAGUUUCACGUGUCUGCCGUAUCAAGCCACUGAGGACCGCAUUGCCGACCACGGGGAUGAAGGCACGAACCAGUGGGCCGUCAUAGCGGACAAGGUGUACCAAGGAAUCCAACGCGUCGUGCGUGUUGUGUUACCGAAGAAGAAACCAGCAGGUGGUAUCCUCACACUUGAGGACAUCCGCUCGAACGAUCGCAUUGCAAGCGAUGUGUGA